GAGAAAAGACGUUUCCAGGUUUGGUGUGGACGUGCUCUGUCGACCUGUCUCGUUCUCUCACGUGUGUCUUGUUCCACAGGUUGAGUCCAGAGAUCUUCCUGAAGAGACCCGUCGUUGAGGGCAACCGCUGGCGUCUGGAUUGCGUCCUGAAACGCAAAGCGCAACAAGGAGUUAAAGUCUUUGUGAUGCUGUAUAAGGAGGUGGAGCUUGCUCUGGGCAUCAACUCGGGCUACAGCAAGAGAACGCUGCGGCACCUUCACCCCAACAUCAAGGUGAUGCGUCACCCAGACCACGUGUCCUCCGCCGUCUACCUGUGGGCGCAUCACGAGAAGAUCAUCAUCGUCGACCAAUCUGUGGCCUUCGUGAGCGGGAUCGACCUGGCGUACGGACGCUGGGACGACAGGGAGCACCGGCUGACGGACGUCGGGAGUGUGGCGCUUUCUCACCUGGAGCAG